CUGAGUGUUAAUGGUAGAGGAUUGGGUACCAUAGUAGUCUGUGGCUGCCUGUUAGUACAGCUGAGGGAUGCCUGUGGAAAAAAAGUAGGAGAAGGUGGAGAAUGUGAGCAAUGAGACUAGGAAAUAGGUUCAAAUUGGUCUCAUUUUUUAAAGAGAAUUUGUGUUUUAUUAGCAUCUGUUAGAUAUAUUCAGAAAAUCGUAAUUUGAAAGAAGGUUAGAAUUAAGACUCUCCCAAAGGAAGGAGCUGAAAUUAGAGAGCCAGUUGGUUAAAAACAAAAUUAAAAUAAAACAAAACAAAACAAAACAAAACAGCAAUCAGAAAGAAAAACUAAAAGAAUCCUUCUCUGAUCUUUUAUUCUAUAGGUGUAUUUAUUUACAGGAUACAGCAAUGGAAACUUGGUCAGUUGACCAGGUCUGCAGUUGGCUGGUGGAGAAAAACUUAGGAGAGCUAGUUCAUAGGUUUCAAGAGGAAGAAGUAAGUGGGGCCGCUCUUCUAGCACUUAAUGAUCGGAUGGUUCAGCAACUGGUAAAAAAAAUUGGACACCAGGCGGUUCUGAUGGAUUUAAUUAAAAGAUAUAAGCAGAGGCAUCAAGGACUGGAGUCCCCAGGAAUCCCUAGAGCAUCAGCUCUGGUCCUGCGAGCAGCAGUAGCCCCAGAGGAUAAACCGUCCUCCAGUCCAGCCAACCACGGGGAGCAGACGCCAACUUUUUGUCCAGCUGAAAACCUUGCUAAUAGACUAAUUGACCAAAGAGUACUGAAACAGAGAAGAAGUGUGAAACAUGUUCUAGCAAGGAAUAAAGCCUUGAAGGGGACGAAGUCCUAUGUGUUACCGGAGUUUCCCUAUGACGUCAGAUGCAUGUUAGCAGAGCAGAAGUGUCCCGACCACAGCAUGAGGAUAAGGAUCAUUGAGUUUCUCCAGGCCGACAUGACCAAGUAUCUGAAAGGCUCACUGUACCCCAGCACCCAGCAGUAUAAUGAUGUGGUCAACGCCCUGCUGCAGGCCCACCCUUUCCUGGAUGAGGACGGCUGUGGCUUUUUUCUAUGGAAACGAGCCCUGAAAGAUCGCUUUAAAUAUGUGAGAAGACCCAUAGAAGAUGAUGAACAGGUGAUGAGAAAUAAGUGUAAAUUUGGACAUCGAAGAGGCCAGAGAAGGAAAUCUCCUGCUAAUAUCAGAUUUGAUGAAAUGAAAAUUGCCCAAAUAAAAGAAGAAGCUGUUUGUUUAGAUUCUGAAGUAGUUGAACAUAUUAGCUGGUUCCAGCAAGAAUAUGUGAAAACAGUCAAGGACUGGAGAGAAAUCGAUAAGAGGAUGAGCCAGACUUUGCAAAUAAGAAGGAAGUUGAUUGGCAGCAGAACGCCUCUGAAGGACAUCCUUAAGAUGUUUCCUUUCCUGAAGUGCCCUUAUCAGAUGUUCAAAGAAUUUCAACUUCUUACAAGAAUAGAUAUUUAUAAGAAAACAAGGCACAUUUUGGAAUCCUACUCAGACAAUAUACUGACUUCUUUUUCAGUGGUGGACCAUCCAAUCAACAUUGCGCUGCAAGAAAAAAUGAAACAGCACACAGAUGAACACAUGUUGAAAUAUAUGAAGAUGACGGCCACAUGUUUACUCCUCCCAGAUGUGUUUGGGGAUGAUCCCAGCCUUUUUGUCAUUGUGAAUGAGAAGGUGCAUGUGUCCACUCCUGUGUUAGAAGUUAAAAACCCGUUCAACUUUGAUGUCUGUGAAUUUUCUCUGUAUUUAGAAAAAGAAAGACUCACAAAAGUGGACGACUGUGUUACGGCCUUGGCUGCUCUAGUAGCUGCCUUUCAUGUAUUUGGGAUCCAGUGUCCAAGUCGAUUGUCCCACACCCUCAACUUUCUGGAGACACAGAUUUUUGAUAUGCACAGUCCCUACUUUCCUUCUAUGAAAGAAAAGGAAAAGGAAGUAGGGUUUCAAUAUCUGGUCACUUAAUAGCAUGCUAAAUAUUGCAUUAGAAUUGAUCUCUGGGACAGCCGAAACUUAAAAAAAAUUGUUUGAAUUAGAGUUGUGGUAGAUAAUUAGAAAAUCAUUUUGUCUCAAAGAUGUAAAUGAAUUUCAAUGCAUUUUUUAAAUCCUUACCAGAGGACAUAUUUUUAUUGAUUUUUAGAGAGAGGAAGGAAGAGAAAUAUCAAUAUGAGAAACAUUAAUUGGUUGCCUCUGACUGGGGCUCGAACCUUCAACCUUUUGAUAUACAGGAUGACACUCCAACCAACUGAGCCACUUGGCCAGGGCUCACUGCUUUUUGUCUUUAAUCCUAGAUAUUGAAAUUCUGUAAUAAAAUAAUCCUUA